AUGCGUUUCUCCACCGUCGCCUCGGGCCUCACCCUUCUUUCCAGCGCCGUUGGCCACCCGGGCCACGAUCUCACGGAGGAGAUUGCCGAGCGUCGCGCUUUUUUGAGCACCGUCAAGCGUUCCAACUUGGCUCACUGCGCCGACAAACUCGCCACUCGCAGUGUCACUGCCCGCAACAUCGCCCCCCGCUCCGCUCAGGUCCACCAGGCCCGAAAGAAGCGCAACAUUAAGCGUGAUACUGAAUCCGUCCUCGCCGCGAGCCACAACUCGACCGAACUCAACUACACCCUGAACACUGACAACUCUUCUCUCUUUUCCGGCAACAACUCUUGCGUCUUGACCCCUGAGGUUACCCAAGGCCCUUACUACGUCUCUGGCGAGUAUGUCCGCCGCAACAUCAUCGAGGAGCAGGAGGGUGUCGACAUUGUCCUUGACUACCAGGUCAUCGACGUUGACACCUGCGAGCCCGUCCCGAACGUCUACCUCGAGAUGUGGCACUGCAACUCCACCGGUGUCUACUCCGGCAUCAUUGCUUCUGGCAACGGAGACUCUUCCGAUGAGACCAAAAUCGACAAGACUUGGCUCCGCGGCAUCCAGACGACCGACUCUGACGGUGUUGCUCAGUUCGAGUCCAUCUUCCCCGGCCACUACACCUCCCGCGCCACCCACAUCCACGUGAUGGUGCACCGGAAUGCCACUCUCUACUCCAACAACACCCUCGGCAACGUCAUCAUUGCCUCCCAUGUCGGCCAGGCCUUCUUUGACCAGGAGCUCAUCUCUGCUGUUGAGGCUAUUGCCCCUUACAACACCAACACCCAGGACCUCACCACCAAUGCCGACGACUCCAUCUUGAGCGAGGAGGCUGCCACCAAUGGCGUCGACCCUGUCAUGGAGUACACCCUUCUUGGCAACAGCGUCACUGACGGCCUCUUCGCCUGGAUGGCCUUCGGUAUCAACACCACCCAGGCCCAGACCAUCACCCCCGCCGCUUCACUCUAUGCUGAGGGUGGUGUCACCCACUCCAACUCUGGCGGCUCUCCCCCCAACGGCACUGCUCCCGCUGGAUCUACGCCCGCCGGCGCUUCUUCCGCUGCCUCCACCUCCACCGCUGCUUCAACUGAUGCUGCCUUCUCUUGCUAA